UCAGCCGAGUCAUUCGCCGCGAACUUUUGCCUCGACCACAUCGCAGUCUCUUUUGCAGAAGCCAGGAAUUCCAGAAGCAAGCACAUUGAAACGCGCUAAUUGACAAGACGAGAGUGUGUUAGCAAAAACAUCCCAGAAUGAAGCCCACCAAUAACUCAACCCUGGAGGUAAUCUCGCCGAAAGUGCAGGUGGACGAUGAGUUCAUCACCACCGACUACGAUUACCAGACAUCCCAUGUGAAGCGCACCGCCGAUGGACAGCUCCAGGUGCACCCCCAGACGACGUCGCUGAAGAUACGGACGGGUCGCCAUGUGCCCAAGCUGGGCGUGAUGCUGGUGGGAUGGGGUGGCAACAACGGAUCCACGCUGACCGCCGCCCUGGAGGCCAAUCGUCGCCAGCUGAAGUGGCGCAAGCGGACGGGCGUCCAGGAGGCCAACUGGUAUGGUUCCAUUACACAGGCGUCCACCGUCUUCAUUGGAUCCGAUGAGGACGGCGGUGACGUGUACGUGCCCAUGAAGGAGCUGCUGCCCAUGGUGGAGCCCGACAACAUUAUCGUGGAUGGCUGGGAUAUCAGUGGCCUGCAUUUGGGCGACGCCAUGCGCAGGGCCGAGGUCCUAGACGUGGCUCUGCAGGAUCAGAUCUACGAUCAGUUGGCUCAGUUGCGCCCACGUCCAUCCAUCUACGACCCCGACUUCAUCGCGGCCAAUCAGUCGGAUCGGGCUGACAACGUGAUCCGUGGCACUCGUCUGGAGCAGUACGAGCAAAUCCGGAAGGACAUCCGCGACUUCCGCGAGCGCAGUGGCGUCGAUUCGGUCAUCGUCCUCUGGACUGCCAACACGGAGCGCUUCGCGGAUGUCCAGCCUGGUCUGAACACCACCAGCCAGGAGCUCAUCGCCUCCCUGGAGGCCAACCACUCGGAGGUGUCACCCUCCACGAUCUUCGCAAUGGCCAGCAUCGCCGAGGGGUGCACCUACAUCAACGGCUCUCCGCAGAACACCUUUGUGCCCGGACUGAUCCAGCUGGCCGAGGAGAAGAAUGUUUUCAUUGCCGGCGAUGACUUCAAGUCCGGUCAGACCAAGAUCAAGAGCGUGUUGGUAGAUUUCCUGGUGGGAGCUGGUAUCAAGCCGGUGUCCAUUGCCAGUUACAACCAUCUGGGCAACAACGAUGGCAAGAACUUGUCCGCUCCUCAACAGUUCCGCUCCAAGGAGAUUUCCAAGAGCAACGUGGUGGACGACAUGGUUGCCUCCAACAGGCUGUUGUACGGACCCGAUGAGCACCCCGACCACGUCGUGGUAAUCAAGUACGUGCCCUAUGUGGGCGACAGCAAGCGGGCCAUGGAUGAGUACACAUCGGAGAUCAUGAUGGGCGGCCACAACACCCUGGUGAUCCACAACACCUGCGAGGACUCGCUGCUGGCCACACCGCUCAUUCUGGACCUGGUUAUCCUCGGCGAGCUGAGCACUCGCAUCCAGCUGCGCAAUGCGGAGAAGGAAUCCGCCCCGUGGGUUCCCUUCAAGCCAGUGCUUUCCCUGCUGAGCUAUCUGUGCAAGGCUCCACUGGUGCCCCAGGGCUCCCAGGUGGUCAACUCGCUCUUCCGCCAGCGCGCCGCCAUAGAGAAUAUCCUGCGUGGCUGCAUUGGUCUGCCGCCCAUCUCACACAUGACCCUGGAGCAGCGGUUCGACUUUUCUACCAUUACAAAUGAGCCGCCUCUAAAGAGGGUCAAGAUCCUGGGCCAGCCCUGCUCCGUGGAAUCGGUCACCAAUGGAAAGAAGCUCCAUGCCAAUGGACACUCCAAUGGGUCCGCCAAGCUGGCCACUAACGGCAAUGGUCACUGAUGGAUGGCCGCAUCCCUGAUUUUCGAUCGGAAUAUAUAAUUGGAAUAUAUAUGGUUUUAGUUGGAUAAACUACGAAAUAGACUUAAGCUACUAUUACUAACUGAAUCGUUUAAAUAUAAAAAGGCGUAAUAGACUGUUGUCUGUAUACCAC